AUGGAGGCGUGGGAGGUGCUGCCGCUGGAGGUGUGGGCUCUGGUGCUUCGGCAGCCGCCCCUGGUGCCAGCUGACCUGGCGCGAGCCGCCUGUGUGUGCCGUGCCCUCCACGAGCUCAUUGGACCCUUCAUCGUCAGCCCCUCCCCCAAAUCGGGCGUAUGGGCCUCCGCGUCUGCCCGCCAGUGGCGCCUCGUCGCCGCUCAAGAAGCCCACCCCAUCCUCACCCUCGCCGUUGGCAGCUGCGGGGUGCAGGUGGCUGUAGAGUACUGGCGGCGGGUGGUGGCUGAACAUGACUUGUCGGGGUCGUCUGCGGGCGACGAGGUGGUCAACGUGCGGCUGUCCGAUCACUCGCUUUACGGCCUGGGCACCCACUUCCGCCACACCGAACAAGGCAAGCCCCGCCCGCAAGCUUGGACGAUCACACUCUACUGA